UCUCCAUUCAUCCUGGGUUUCAGAGGCCGCACAAGACCCAACUUCAGAGAAGGUAUGUUCCAGGCAAGCAAAACCCACCUGAAUGAACUCCAGAUAAAACGCCUGGAGGAGAUCCUCAUUGUCAUUGACAAGCAGGACCAGAUCAUUGGGGCCGACACCAAGAGGAACUGCCACCUGAUGGAAAACAUUAACAAGGGCCUGCUACACCGAGGCUUCAGUGUGGUCCUCUUCAACACACAAAACCAGCUCUUGGUUCAGCAGAGAGCAGAUGCCAAGUACACUUUUCCUGGACAUUUUACAGAUUCCUGUUCUAGUCACCCUUUAUAUGUGCCUGAGGAGCUGGAAGAGGAGGAUGCCCUGGGAGUGAGGAGGGCAGCCCUGAGACGUCUGCAGGCUGAACUGGGCAUCCCCCAGGACCAGAUUUCCAUAAAGGACAUAACCUUCAUGACCCGAAAAUACCAAAAGUGUCAGUCAGAUGCCGUCUGGGGAGACCAUGAGAUUGGCUAUCUUCUGUUGGUGAGGAAGGACCUUACGCUGAACCCAGAUCCCAGGGAAGUGAGAAGCUACAGCUAUAUGAGCCAGGAGGAUGUGCAGGAGCUACUGGACAGGGAGGCCCGUGGGGCAGAGAAGAUCACCCCAUGGUUCAGAAGCAUGGUAGAAGACUUCCUGUUGCCUUGGUGGCCUUAUUUAGAGGAUGUGUCCCCAUUUGUGGAGCCUGACAAGAUAUAUGGACUUUGAGGGGUGUAGAAAAGUAAUGGUUGAAGCAGGGAUUGGGUGUGGGAAAUGACAGCAGCUAAGAGUACUUGCUCCUGUUCACUCUUAUGACCUCUGUGGGUACCUGGAAUGAACUAUGUGGUAUACAUACAGAUCAAGGCAAAGACCUCGUGUGCAUAAAAUUAUAAAAUGUCUCAAAAACAAAGUUCUUUAAUAACCCAUGGGUAAAACUGGCAUGUAUGACAGAACCUUGAGUUCUAAUUUCCUUUAAUUGCUUGCACUAAAUAAAAUUCAAGCUCUUCAUUUCA